UUUCUCUGUAGCACCAGCACCUAACGGGCUACAGUGAAGCCUGCAGCACCGCUCUCUUACUCCUUUGUGUUGAUGCGGAUUUUUAAGGGCUUUAAUCUUAAAGGAGAACCACAACAGCAUAUCCUUAGCCAGAUGUUUCCGUAAAGCGCCAGUUCACUGUGAAUGUAGUUGUUCCGCAUGGAGUCGGCGUUGAAUAGGUCGGCGAGGUGUUUCGUUGGCAAAAGCUCAUCCAGCUAAUGCUGCUAACCGUGUAGCCUUGGAAAGUGCUGUGUGGACCGAGGGAGCCGCUGCUGCAACAGGGACACCGAGCUAUCACAAAGAAUGGGGCUCAUAUUCGCCAAAUUGUGGAGCUUCUUCUGUAAUCAGGAGCACAAAGUCAUUAUUGUUGGACUAGACAAUGCUGGGAAAACUACCAUUCUUUACCAGUUCCUGAUGAAUGAAGUUGUCCACACAUCUCCCACCAUCGGAAGCAAUGUGGAAGAAAUAGUGGUGAAAAACACCCACUUCUUGAUGUGGGAUAUUGGCGGCCAGGAGUCUCUCCGGUCAUCCUGGAACACCUACUAUUCCAAUACAGAGUUUAUUAUUUUGGUGGUGGACAGCACGGACAGAGAGAGGCUGGCCAUUUCAAAAGAGGAGCUCUACAGGAUGCUGGCUCAUGAGGAUCUCCGGAAAGCAGCUGUGUUGAUAUUUGCAAACAAACAGGAUAUGAAGAACUGUAUGUCUGCAGCUGAAAUUUCUAAAUACCUCACCCUGAGCUCCAUCAAAGACCACCCCUGGCACAUACAGUCAUGCUGUGCACUUACUGGAGAGGGUUUAUGCCAAGGCCUGGAGUGGAUGACCUCGCGGGCUGGAUUAAGAUAACAUCUCUCUUUAUCAUUGCCUGACUACCUGCAUCACUCACAAGAUGGAUGUUUUUGUUUUUAUGUUGUUGUUUUUUUUAAAUGGGCAGUGAUGGACCCUGAUCUCUUGGAACUGUAUAGGACAAGAGCAUUGAAAUACCUGUUACAGUAAGACUGCCUCAACAUGGGGGUUAGCCUAAUUAUGGAACAGUUUUUACCAUAGAGGAGAUAAAGGAGAUUUUCAGCUGUAAUGGACAUGGAUCAUUGACACCUCAGACAUAUCAUCUGCAUCAUAUCAGUGUACGCCAUAUACUUUACUUAUUUUGUGUGAUUUUUAUAUAUUUUUGCCUUCCUUUAGGUGUGUUCACAUUCAGGAAAACAUGGAAAGGGAUAUGGGAUUUGCAGCAGUAUUUUUGAAGCUUAUUUUGACACUACUUUAGUUACGCUACACUUUUCUACGUUCUCAUACUUUUUGUGAUUCUGUUACAAGAGUUCAUAAGCUACACUGUGAUGGAAAUUAUCACAUUGAAUUAAUAAUGGUAGUGAUACAGUAAUGUUGUGAUGAACUUGCCCGUCUUAACAUUGAGCCUGUAAAUGAUUGAACCAUGUGGUUUGCGUUACAUUUUAGUAUCUCCCUAAUGCAAAUGGAAUCUACCUUAACAAAGCAUGAUUUGGCUGCGGCGGUAAGUCAUUAAUACAAUGCCUGUGUAAUGGUUUUAGUUAAAUGUAUUUUGUCACUUAUGUUUUAUUUAAUUUUUUUUAAGUUUUGUAAGCUGUCAGGCGGUGCUGAUGCAAACUUGUUUAGUAUUGCAAGAUUUGGUGCUCUGCAAAUAUAAGCGACUGUCCCAAAACAUUUCAUUCAUUUGACUAGCGAUUUGGGGCAUUCAUUCAGACAUAAUUAUGUGAUGUUUUUAAAGGGAUUACAUAGACUCCUAUCUUCGUGGGCAAAUGAAAACUGCUGUUGUACCACUUAGGCAGAUUUCUGCCAUGUGCCACAUUAAAGACUCUUGUAUGGAA